AAACAUAACCUCCAAAACUAGCGCCCGGGCCACAGGAGAGUUAUACUGGUUUAAAGCUCCAUAUUUUGGACACAUGAAGAUCUGCUAAGACUUGCCUCCAGUCAUCCAAACACCCGCCAUGAACUGCCUCAUGCGCCGCAGCCAGAACCUGCUGCUCUGGCGAAAUUCUUGCGUAAAACACAGAUCCACCGAUGCGGCUUCCGCGAACCGGAAUGCAGCUACUAAGCUCAGCUACGAGGAGUUCAUCGGCCACCAGCAGAAGCAGGCCCAGCGCAGUAUUGUAGUCCAAGUGAGCUCGGAGAAAUCAUAUCCGGAGUUGUAUAACUACUGUAGCCGGUUUGGAUCAAUCCUAGGAGCCCACCAUUACUGCGUGCGCCAGGACGAGGCUCUGCACUACGUGCUGCUAGAGUAUUCCUCUUCUGGAGAGGCUGCGGCAGCCAUAGACUCUGGCGUUAGCAAUGGGGACCUGUGUGGAGUGCCUGUUCGAUCACCUUUCCUUUGGUUCCGGGCACCCCCGGCGGGCAGUAAACGGACUCCCAAUCUGGCGGCCAGUGAUACCUUCCCGGCGCUGAGCGCUCUAGAUGGUGGCCGGCUGAUGGAGUCGUCUCAGCUCCUGGCUUUAGUGCGCGGUGCUCAGAGUAUUGACGAACAGGUACUUCUGUUGCACAAACACACACGCUUGAACGACUUGGGCAUACGUCUGAGAUUCCUGGCAGCGCUGCAGGUGCAGCAGGCCAUCUCCGGAAUGUUCCCCUCUGCUCAGGCUCAGCCGUUCGGGUCGUCAGUGAACGGAUUUGGCAAAAUGGGCUGCGAUCUGGACCUGAUCCUGCGCUUCAACGACGACACCGGAUCGCAGAAAAGUCUGGCGAACACUGAUCCUUCGCGACUAGUCUUUCACACCAAGGAGAACCUAAGCAACGGACGCUCGCAAACCCAGCGGCACAUGGAGUGCUUCGGGGACAUGCUCCACCUCUUCCUGCCCGGCGUCUGCCAUGUGAGGCGCAUCCUACAGGCCCGCGUUCCUAUCAUCAAGUACCAUCAUGAACAUCUUAAUCUGGAGGUGGAUUUGUCCAUGAGUAACCUCACUGGCUUCUACAUGUCUGAGCUACUGUACAUGUUUGGCGAACUAGAUCCUCGCGUGCGUCCACUGACCUUCAGCAUCCGGAGAUGGGCGCAGAGCUGUGGACUGACGAAUCCAUCGCCGGGUCGCUGGAUCAGCAACUUCUCGCUUACCUGCCUGGUCAUGUUCUUUCUGCAGCAGUUACGACAGCCCAUUCUGCCCACCAUUGGAGCCCUAGCCAAGGCGGCAGAACAGGCCGACUCACGGGUCACAGAAGACGGAAUAAACUGCACCUUUGCUCGCGACAUGGAUCGGCUGGGGUUCCGCAGUCGCAAUCAGAGCUCCUUGAGUGAACUCCUACUGCAGUUCUUCGAGUUUUACUCGCAGUUCGACUUCCACAAUAGGGCGAUAUCGUUAAACGAGGGUCGGGCACUAUCCAAGCCAGACCACUCGGCCAUGUACAUUGUGAACCCACUGGAGCAGCUGCUAAACGUAAGCAAGAACGUGAGCAUGGAAGAGUGCGAGCGACUGCGCAUUGAAGUAAGGAACGCGGCUUGGGUGUUGGAGUCCGAAGUGGAAAACGUGGCCCUGCCUGUGGGCGAGGGCGAACGACAGGAGCACUCUUGGGGUCUGCUAAAUCUCUUCAAGCAUCCGGAAAAGCCACUGAUAAGGCCGAACAUGUUCUUUAAGCCGCGCAUGGUGGAAGUUAGUGAUCUUUUCGAGCAAAAGGAACUGACACCCAAUCCUUCCACGCCGCAUAGUCCAACUUCCUCUUCCAGUCCCCCGAUUACAUACAAAAGCGUAGCGGUACGGCAACAGGUGCAGGGCAUCAAGACCGCCACGCGAACGGAACUCAAGCAAAUCCGAGGGUCCUCCACUCCGACCAAAAACAGUCGGAGGAGUAGCAGGUGAUAAAGGAUACCACUUCCUGCCAUAUGUAAAUAAUAGGGAGUUGUCCCGGCGUAAAUGUUGUUCAUAAUGUUAGAUACAUAAGUCUAAGCUUUUAUGAAGCCCAUGUUGAGUAUUUCCAUCGUGUUUCUAUGACGAAUAAACCAAAAUUGUCAGAUGUCCAGAA